UUGUGCACCAUCCACCACCCUUCGCGCUGAUCAGUGCAAUGAAGGAUAAGAAGAAGAAUGCUUCCACUGAUGCGCCUUACGCACGUCAGGACGGCACCAUUAGUAGUUUAGAAGAAAUGACAAAAACGAAGCAAGACGCCAUACUACAACUCCGCAAACUCAUUGAAGGUGAAACCCGGCUCCAUUGCCCCGCAAACGACGCUUUUCUCGUCAAGUUUCUGCGAGCUCGAAAGUACAACGUCGACUCCGCGUUCAAGAACGUCAAGAAGUACUUCAAAGUACGAAGAGACCACUGCGAAUUAUUUGACGGGCUGGAUCCAGACUCUGUUUUGUUCAACACUAUCUGCCGUGAGCACAAGCUAGUCACGGUGUCUCGAGAGAAAGAUCCCAAAGGAAGGGCCGUUAUUUUGUUGAAUCUGGGAGCCUGGAACACCAACAUCUGUUCACUGAACGACUUUUUCCGAGCCGGUAUAGUUCACGUCGAAUACUUGCUUCUUGAUGAAGAAGUUCAAGCCAAUGGCGUCGUGUUUAUGAUGGACUUUAAAGACCUUGGCAUCUACCAUCUGACCCAGUACACGCCACCGGUCAUCAAAAGACUCCUCAGCCUUAUUCAGGAUUGCUAUCCACUGCGGAUAAAAGGAAUAUACGUCACAAACAAUCCAACUUUGUUUGAUAUCCUGUUCGCAAUCGCCAAGCAUUUCAUGAAAGCCAAGUUCGUCAGCAGGACUAUACUUUUCGGCACUGAGUGGAAGAAGCUGCACUGCCUGGUACCGGACGACGUCAUUUCCGAGGAAGGCGGUGGCACGCUCGGAACCUACGACUACGACGCUAUGGAAAGGGACUUGAAGAGCCGCACCGAAUACUUCAGGGAAAUGAGUAGCUACGGCUACCUAGACAAGCCGGACGAUUGUUCCGAUCCUGAAGGCUACCAACAACAGGAACAUACUGCGUUGUGAACAGGAUGGCGGUGGCUUUGUACAAAGACCAACUAGCGCCUUUUUCCGGCUCUCACAUUCAACAGGCUGUGUUUGCGCACGCGUUUGCAGGGUAAACCUGCUUUCUUGGGGGCGUGAUUUGUUUACGUGUGACCACAAGCUUUGUGUAAAUGAAUAAACGUACAGCCGCAGCUAACAUAUGUCACAGAAAAUAACGAACCUAUCUGAAACAAUUGCUACUUCAUCUCGCUGCGAAAAGCGCGCGUUUACAAAAAGAAAGUGCAUGGUUGACAUCAUGACACUAGAAGGUAGCACUAGAAAGUAGCGUCUUCGCAUUACGCGUGCGAUGCUCUUACCAAUUGAGCGAAAACGUACGAAGUAAUGCAAAGACGUGGGACCAUUACCCACCUGCGGCAAGUUGUUUUUUUCAUCCACUUUCAUUUCCAUUAUUCUAUCAUUUCUUUUAUUCAAUUCUUGAGUACAAGUAAUUUCCCCUAUGUUGUCCAUGGUGUCUAUGUUUGUUGGCUUCUUAUGAAAUGAUUAAUAAACAACGGGCCCCUUGGUUCCCUUUCUUCUCGUUCAUUACAUAACGAGGGUCUCGAAUCCGGCAACAUUGAUGCCAUCAGGUAGCAUAUGUGGGUUUAUUGACCAGUUGCCAUCCCCCAAAAAGAUCACGUGCUCGUGACGCCUGCGGCAGAAAGGAUGUUCCACAUCCGCCCCUAGGUUUGUGAGUGGUGGCGCUGGCUAACACUCCGAGGUCCCAGGGUUAGUUCUAGUUGUAAAACAUAAAUACCCCAGAAAGUGGAUGGGAAAAGGGCUCCGCGGUAGCUCAGUGGUGAGAGCAUCGCACGCGUAAUGCGAAGACGUGGGUUCGUUCCCCACCUGUGGACAGUUGUUUUUUCAUCUGUUUUCAUUUCCAUUAAUUUAUCCUUUCUUUAAUUCAAUUAGUAAGUACAAGUAAUUUCCCCUA